ACCACCUACCCCCACCCACUCACACAUCACUCAACAUGGCGGACGAAGUUUACGAUGGUGCCAUUGGCAUCGAUCUCGGAACCACCUACUCAUGUGUGGCCAACUAUGAGGGCGCUGGCGUUGAGAUCAUCGCCAACGAGCAAGGAAGCUUCACCACACCAUCUUUCGUCUCUUUCACCGCGGAGGAGCGUCUGAUCGGUGAAGCCGCGAAGAAUCAGGCUGCGAUGAACCCAAUCAACACCGUCUUCGAUGUCAAGCGUCUUAUCGGCCGGAGGUUCGACGACCCCACCGUCAAGAAGGAUAUCGAGUCGUGGCCAUUCAAGGUCAUUGACGAUGGUGAGGGCCAGCCAAAGGUCCAGGUCGAGUACCUCGGCGAGACCAAGACCUUCUCCGCUCAGGAGAUCUCCGCCAUGGUCCUCGGAAAGAUGAAGGAAAUCGCUGAGGUCAAGCUCGGCAAGAAGGUUUCCAAGGCCGUCAUCACCGUUCCCGCAUACUUCAACGACAACCAGAGGCAAGCUACCAAGGACGCCGGUGCCAUCUCUGGCCUCAACGUUCUCCGUAUCAUCAACGAGCCUACCGCUGCCGCUAUCGCCUACGGUCUCGGAUCCGGAAAGUCUGACAAGGAGCGCAACGUCCUGAUCUACGAUCUUGGUGGUGGCACUUUCGAUGUGUCGCUUCUCCACAUCCAGGGUGGUGUCUUCACCGUCAAGGCUACCGCUGGUGACACUCACUUGGGUGGUCAGGACUUCGAUACCAACCUCCUCGAGCACUUCAAAAAGGAAUUCACCAAAAAAACUAAGAAAGACCUCUCCAGCGACCCGCGCGCCCUCCGCCGUCUCCGAACCGCUUGCGAGCGUGCGAAGCGUACCCUGUCCAAUGGAACCCAGACCACCGUCGAGAUCGACUCCCUCUUCGACGGCGAGGACUUCAACGCCAACAUCACCCGUGCUCGUUUCGAGGACAUCAACGGCAAGGCUUUUAACGGCACUAUCCAGCCUGUUGAGCAGGUCCUGAAGGAUGCUCAGAUCGAGAAGAGCAAGGUUGACGAGAUCGUGCUUGUUGGUGGCUCCACCCGUAUUCCCCGGAUACAGAAGCUUCUCAGCGACUUCUUCAACGGCAAGAAGCUUGAGAAGAGCAUCAACCCCGACGAGGCUGUUGCCUACGGUGCCGCCGUCCAGGCUGGUAUUCUCUCCGGCAAGGCGACGAGUGCCGACACAGCAGAUCUCCUGCUUCUCGAUGUGGUCCCGCUUUCUCUCGGUGUCGCCAUGGAGGGCAACAUCUUCGCCCCAGUUGUGCCCCGUGGUACCUCCGUUCCCAACAUCAAGAAGCGCACGUUCACGACCGUUUCCGAUAACCAACAGACCGUCCAGUUCCCUGUCUACCAGGGUGAGCGUGUGAACUGCGAGGACAACACCUCCCUCGGAGAGUUCACUCUUUCGCCAAUCCCACCGAUGAAGGCUGGAGACGCCGUCCUCGAGUGUGUGUUCGAGGUCGAUGUCAACGGUAUCCUGAAGGUCACCGCCACCGAGAAGACCUCCGGCCGCAGCGCCAACAUCACCAUCUCCAACUCCGUCGGCAAGCUCAACAGCGCCGAGAUUGAGAAGAUGAUCAACGACGCCGAGCAGUUCAAGACCAGCGAUGAGGCUUUCACCAAGAAGUUUGAGUCCCGCCAGCAGCUCGAGAGCUACAUCAGCAGAGUUGAGGACAUUGUCUCCGACCCCACGAUGAGCAUGAAGCUCAAGCGUGGCCAGAAGGAGAAGAUUGAGAGCGCCCUCUCUGAUGCGAUGGCCCAGCUCGAGAUUGAGGACUCCACCAGCGACGACCUCAAGAAGAAGGAGCUCGCACUCAAGCGUGUCGUCACAAAGGCCAUGUCCACCCGCUAAGCGUGCCAUGUUCCUUUUCCUUCAUUCUACCGGCGUUGGCGUGCAGAGAGGCGAGACAUACGGGGCGAAACGAUGCAAUGAGUGUGCAGCACGGAUCGAUUUCCGUGCGCGGAUAGUUCGCAUAGCAAUGACCCAGAAGCGCAAAAGUCAAAAGCGAAGAUUGAUGUAUGAUCAGCAUACGGGUCGUCACGGUGUCAAACGGUGCUUCGAGAAGAGCACUUUUUACGUAGCUGUCUAAAAUGGUAACGAGCCUCUUUACACAACUAC